UCGUGCUCAAGACGCAGCAGGAAACGAGUACACACCAUGGAAUGUCCGUGGAGACGUGAGUGCUGCAAAAUGAAAGCAAUCCCCACAGGUCGAAUGAAAGAGAGCUUACUUCACAUUGCAGUAUCACACCGUCUUCCAGCUAUGCUUUUCCCUCUCCCAGUGGUGCUUUGGAAUCAAUUCCAUGACGACAAGGAAGCAGCAAAGCAAACACAAAAAACAGCCCCCAUAAUCAUCUCGGAAUAACUUUGCAGCGUGGUAAAGCACUCCUGUGAGAAGACGAAUCUCACACCAUCGUUUUCGCUGGUCCGCGUCGCCGUCCUGCUACCUCCUCGCCUUCCCUCUCCUCACGCAAAUGGCAAAAACAUCGGUCGAGUUCUGCGUCAUCUCUGCCCGCGGCAUGGGCCGCAGAUCGUCGCUGCUCAAACCGCAGUGGUUUUGCGUCGCAUGGGUCGAUCCCAACAGCAAGUACUGCACCAAGGUGGAUGCGUCAGGGAACUCCGACCCAAGUUGGCGCAUGAAGUUCUCCGUCUCGGUUGACGAGCAUGGUCUAAGCAGCAUGCAGCAGAUGGCGCUGACAGUGGAAGUAUACAGGAGAGAGCCAAUCUUCCUUAGGGAGCACCUCCAGGGAGCUGCCGUUGUCCAGAUGAAGGAGUACUUCGACAAAUUUGAGCAUGGCGAGGAGCAGUCAGGGGCUAUGGAGGAGACUGCAAGUUUCCAGCUUAGGAGAAAGAAGUCGGACAAAGCUCAUGGGUUUGUCGAUAUAUUCAUCCGAAUCUGCAAGCAAGAAGAUGCUCAUGCUCAGUUUUCAGGAUCACAUGACGGUUCCAAGCACCCAAAUCAAGUCGGCAUCACAUUAGCUAUAGAAGAUGGUCCAAUUUAUAAUUAUCCCCCACAGCCUUCAAGCCAUUAUAGGGGUCACAGCCAAGAUGAUGAUCACUACAGCAACGCCAUGCCAAUGACCACUAUUACUCGCCCAGGACCAUCACCAACAGGAAGUAAUAGCAACAGCUAUCAACCCCCAAUGAUUCCACAAACCCUGCCACCUCCAACUGCAAACCCCAGUUUCUUUCCCCCGCCGUAUCCUGCAAGGGGCCAAGUGCCACAGAGCUACAUAAAUCUGCCACCAAGAAGGUUUGCAGGUCAGAAUGGUGCGCCUAACUUGGGAAUGGGCCUUGGAGCUGGAGCACUGACUGCUGGAACUCUGAUAUUUGGUGAAAACGUGUUGCCAGGACCAAGUUUCGGUGCUGGUCUAGAUGGUGCGAGGCUAAGUGUAUCUUCAGAUGCGCCAUUCUAA